AUGGACCUUAAACUGGCGUCCUUAAACGUCCGCAGUGUGAAGAGUACUGGGCGUUGCGUCAGCGCGGUUCGGUACUUGAACACCGUGAACGCCGACGUGACCUUCUUGCAGGAGUGCGGUCUGCCGCACCUCAGGAGUUAUCGACGGUGGUCACGGUGGUGGUCCCAGGGUUUGUCGGUGUGGUCGGGGGGCAACGAUAGUCGCGCUUCCGGCCUGGGGGUUCUGCUGCGGGGAGGCAACUUCUCAAUCACCCAAGUUAAAGAGGUGGUUGCGGGGCGCCUCAUGAUAGCAGACGUCAAAUACCGGGGCACUCCGCUCCGGCUGAUCAACGUGUACGCCUCCCCCGUGCGGAGCGAGCGGCUGGCCGUCUUCGAGCAGCUCCCAAAGCUGCUGGUGACGCCCCAGCCGGUCGUUCUGGCCGGAGACUUCAACUGCACCAUUGAUGCGGCUGGAGGACCCGGCAGGCUGGACAGUACCUCCAGACUCCUGAUGGAAACGAUAAAGCCAGCCAAGCUGCGCGACGCCUGUCGCACCCCCACAGGUGGAGCACAGCCGCAAGCCACCCGGACACGAUCGGACGGCUCAGCCCGCUCCCGGAUCGACUUCCUCUUCCUGUCAGAGCCCCUCACAGUCAGGUCCACUGACGUCACGCCGGUGUUCUUCUCUGACCACUGCCUUCUGAGAGCCACCUGUCUCUUACGGGAAGACCAGAAGGCAGGCAGGGGGACGUGGAAGCUGAAUAUGAGGAAGGGCAUCAUCACCCUCAUCUACAAGCAGAAGGGGGAAAGGGAGGACAUUAGGAAUUGGAGACCCAUCUCUCUCCUGAAUGUGGAUUACAAGAUCCUGUCCAAGGCUAUCGCCAACAGGGUCAGGUCUGCUCUGGGACAGGUGAUCCACCCGGACCAAACCUGUGCUGUACCGGGCAGGAAGAUCUCAGACAGCCUCGCGCUGCUGAGGGACACCAUCGCCUACGUGCAGGACAGGGGGGUGGACGCCUGCCUGGUCAGCUUGGACCAGGAGAAAGCCUUCGACAGGAUAUCGCACACGUACAUGGCGGACGUGCUCUCCAAAAUGGGAUUUGGGGAGGGAAUCCGGAAUUGGAUUAGACUGCUCUACACAGACAUCCGUAGUGCAGUCCAGGUCAUCGGGUGGGAAACAGACAGCUUCCCCAUCAGGUCUGGAGUCGGGCAGGGUUGUCCCCUCUCCCCUGUCUUGUUCGCGUGCUGUAUGGAGCCCUUUGCCGAGGCCAUCAGGAGGGAUGAGGGUAUAAGAGGGGUGACGCUGCCAGGCAGUGGAGGGACCCAAGUGAAAACCUCCCUGUACAUGGACGACGUCACUGUCUUCUGC